CGCAGCAGGGAGUGAAAGAGCCUCAUCAUCCCAGUUUGUCUCCUGCAAGGUGCUGCCCUCAUCAAGCACUGCUACAGUGUAGGGUUGUGAUGGCUGUACUACUGUUUGCAGUGCCUGGAAAGGGUGUGGUUUUGAAAUCCCAUCGGGUAAGGGUGAAAUAUCAUCCCCACUAUGCCACACGUUCUCCUGAAUCAGACAGGUUAAUUCUGUGCCGACUUGGGUGUGUUCCCCCAGCUUGCAGAGCUUCGGGCUCUGCCUGUUGCUCACUUGGAGCUAGCACAGGAACUUCUGCAUGUUACACCUGUAUACAAAGUAGGCACAAAAAACAUAGAUCCAGGACAAAAUACAGCAUCUUGCUAGUCACUCUUGGCAGGUGGGAAACGGGUGCGAGGGGCACAUAGGGAGGCAGAGCUCUGGUUUGGUUUUGAUAACUUGCUAGCAAGCAUUUGCCCUUUGACUCUUCUCCCUAAUUUUCUCAUGUAUCCCUUUUGCAGAUCUCCAAGCCUUUUGACGGCAACCCGAAGUCCCUAAGAGAAGUUGCUGCAGCUCCUGGCAUGGAUGAUGUUAAACUUCUCACUUGCCUGGAGCAGGUUGCUUCUGCCAUGGCAUAUCUUCACUCCAGGAGGAUCAUACACUGCAGCCUACAGUGCAGUUACAUUUACAUUAACUCUGGUCACAGUUGCCCAGAGGUGAUGGCAAAGGUUGGUCGCUGGGGAAGAGCAGUCUGUCUGCCACAUCCAGGGACAGAUGACAACCUCUUUGAGCCUUACGUUCGCAAAGUUAUGCCAGCUGAUGCAGCCAAGUGGGCCGCCCCAGAACUGAGAACCGAUGGGCUCUAUUCCCGAGCAUCAGAUGUCUUUAGUUUUGGGAUUACGAUAUGGGAAGCUUUAACGGCCCCGUUGACAAAGCUGCACAUGUACAAGCCGCUGAAACCUUUCAGCUUGCUGAACAGCAAGGAGGUUCUAAAAUUCACGGAGUUAGGAAGUUUUCCUGGCGAUUUCGGCUUUCCAAACCUCACCAGACUGAUUGCGUGCAUGAAAGCCUGCUGGAACCACAACCCCACCCGGAGACCUGCAUUUCCUGCCAUAUUAGAGAUGAUCAGACAGGAAAUACAAGCAGUCAGGGACUUGGAGCAUGCCAGGCUGGCAGCAGUGCCUUCCUGCGUUGACAUGCAGGACUACGACUCUGUUUACUUUGGGAGCAAAGCCCCAGAGGAGGACUCCUUCAGCCAUAUUUACAACGUGGUUCUAGAAUUAGAACCUAAUCUCCCACGGGCUGCUGGCAAUGUGUUGGACCCUGCUGAUCCCCCCCAAGGCCAGCUGUUAGAGGGGAACGGUCUUUAUUUCUCCAAGCAAGACAAAUGGGGAGACAUGGUUGGUGAGUUUGAGGCAAAAAGAGGAAUAGAUAGGAGCCCAACUACUUUGAAGGAGACUGGGUGGUAUGGUGACACUGGCAUUAACUGGCAUUAUCAAUAACAACGAUGAAAAAGCUAUUGGACUUCUGCAAAUCCCUGACUCCUGGCAGAUGGAAAUCCCAGCAUAGCCAGUACCAGCCAGAAGAGGCCACUGGGAUCUCAUAACACUCAGAGGACCCUGAACACCUUUCGCGAUCACUGGUGGGACCGAACCGCAAAAGGACACCCUUUCUCCUGUAUCCUCCCAUUCUGAUCAGAAAUUAUUCGCAAACUAGCUAAGCAGCAGGAGUUGUUAAUUUCUCAAAAUAACACAGUAUCAGUUAACACAGAGGAUUCCACCAAUGGUGGGGUUUUGGUUUUGGGUCUAUGGGAUUGUUUGGGUUUUUUUUUAAUUUGGUUUUUGUUUGUUUUGUUGUUGGGGGUUUUUUUUGUGGUUUUUUGGGGGGUUUAUGUUUGUUUGUUUGUUUUUUGCCCUCCCUCCACAGGGCACCUGCCAGCCUUUCAAUGGGCUGUUUAAUAAUGACACUAUUUCUAAACACUGUUCCACACUAUUUCUCCUCUGGCAUGGAGAGUGCAUCAGUGGUAGGCAGGAACCCAGCCACCUUCCAUAAACCACCUCUGGGACUGUACCAGAAGGACUUUGCUUCUGUUCACUUUUAAAAAAUAUUUGUAGUGUUAAUGUAUGAGUACGUGACCUUGGGAAUAAAACUGGAUGGUUUUUGUUUACUGAAACACAAUUGUCAUAACAACCAGGGUUGGUUUGUUUGUCU